AUGCACUACCCACGCGUCAGGAGAUACAUCGACGACGUCUGUGUCCGCGAGCCCGCAUUCUACGCCGACCACGGCGGACCAGGCUGGUAUCCCGAGCUCCAACACCCCAUUCAAGUCCGCCUUGCUGUUCGAUACAAUCCCCUCCUCAAAAAAGAUGUCUAUAUCCAGCCCAAUUCACUUUUUUUCUCGGGACUCAAGGACGGUCUGAGCAAGGGCGACCUGAGAGAGCUGCUUGAUGAAUACGGUGCUGAACGAGGGAUGGAGUUUGCACUCUUCCAACCGCACAAACAGAAUCAUCGUACAUCAAUCGGCAUCAUGCUAUUUCCUUCUCAACGCCAGGCAGAAGACGCCAUGUAUGCACUCAACAAAAACUCGAACCAUCUCGGGGUAUCCAGGGGAGAGAACCGGGGCGAUUUCAGGGUGCGGUAUUCCGAGAUCAACAGCCUUGGUCAUCGUCAAGACGACAUUUCGGAUAUCUUGCUUGUGCGAGAGAUCCUUUCCAUCUCCGACGCCUACAUCCCCACAUACAUCCCAGAAAGCAAGUACGGCAACGUCGCUCAGCCUUCUUCUCCUACUGGAUGGCACGCCGUUGGGUACUCUCGCGACCAGUUUACCACCAAACGCAAGGCUCAGGAUCUGGACAAACUUCCCCAAGACCCACGAAAGUCUGGCAAGGGCAAGCAUGCGGCAGAGGAUACGCCUUCUCCUCCCAAGCGCCGCGCUUUGGAACCGGUCAAUGAAAAGGCAUCGGAUGAGACAGCGGAAUGGGUGGGGACGGAGAGUGCUAUCGCUUCCAUGAUGCGUGGACCACUCCAGCCCGUUGGGCUCGGUCACCCAUCUUCCUCGCAGCUACCGUCCGUUCCCCAGCACCAUUCUUAUACCAGCACUCUUGAUGCCACCAGGGGGCCUUUCAGAGUUACCGGUAGCAAGGACUCGAAGAAGAAGAACAAGAAGAGCGGCAGGCGCCCUCGAUCUCCUCCCUACUACCGACGUACCUCUCCCGACCAUCCGAAACUCGUUUCCGCUCCUAACGGCAACCGACCCACGUCGCGGAGAAUGUCAGCCUCCCCUUACAGCAUCAUUCCGGAUUGCCCGGAGCUGUCUGUCCUUUCCCAAGACCAAAAGAAGGUGUUGUCCGAUGCUUUACACUUACUCGGCGAUAGGCCGAAGCAGGUCAAGGGCCGGGAGGUCCUAGACACCCCUUCGCAAGCCGAAAAAUUUGCUCGCGACCAACAGGCUGCAAGAAAGCAGAGACGAAACCCUGUCGCUUCGAUCCUCAAUGAUUCUACUUCAAGCGACUCGGUGAAGGAGCCGAAAGCCAUGCUCACUCCCGCUGAGAUUGAGCAACAGGCCCGGCCCACCUCCUCGAGCCCUAUGCCUCAGUCGUUUAUUUCUACUGGGCCCGCCAACACCGGUACUACCUUUGCACCACUUCUAAAAGGUGACUUUGACAGAAAGAGCAAGCCCGGCGUGAACCACUCGGAUCCUCUCGAAGCUGGCGAGAUCAGAGAGCAUGACGACGUCCCUGCCAAGGCAAUCUCGGACCAAUCCCUCCUGGACGGCGCUGCUGCCGAGGCGCUACCUGCAAGAUCUUCUUUCACGGCCCAUCGCGAGACUCUGUCUUUAUCCGCUCUCACCAUGUUUUCCCAUCAUUUACACCCCAAUCCCCAGGUUGGGUCCUACCGAGAACCUCGUUUCAUCGCACUUUCGCCCGAAGGAAAGACAUUGACUCUGUCCCAUUCCACUGUCAACACGAGAGCUUCCCGCGCUCAGCAGCAGGUUGAGUUUCCAAUUGAAAGUCUGUCGGAUGUGCAAAGGAGGAUCCUGGGCGUUGAGAAGAGAUGGGUGCUGAAUGGGCCGGCCUGGGAGAAGUGGCAAGAAAGCCGAGAAGGAGUGGUGGUGCUUGAUGCAAGAGUCGAGGACAGAAUUGAAGGGGGCAGAACCAUUGUAUGA